AUGGGUGAUGCCUUCUUGCGCGCUUUGAGUGCGGAAUUGGAGCAAAUACAGCGCGCACUGUCCCCGCGCUGUCUGUUCUGCGUUCCUCACACUCGUGCUUUACUCAUUAGCGACACCAUAACACAGGAUGUUCUUUAUACGCAUUUCCUCACACCUGCUGAUGCCGACGCCGAGCCAAAGCGACCACUUGGCGCCUACAAUACACUAAAUGGGAAACAUGUUACAGUCGUCGGCUCUCACGUCCACACUGGCAAAGGCUUUCGCGAUCGUAUCAGAGUGCGAAUUUUGCUAUCAGAGAAAAGAAACGUUUGCCAUCAAGAAGUGACCGUGCUAUACAUUAGUCGUCCAUUAGAGGGUGGUCUUCAAGGUCCAGACGAUCCAAAUGAGAUUGAUGUAGCCACAUUGAGAAAGUAUACCGCUAUUAUCAAAUCGUUUCCAGAAAAUGAGUUUGUGUUUCAUCAGCUAGAUGACACAAUUAAUCACAUAAAGCAGCUUCGCGCUCAUAAUCAAGCGUUUGAUCAACAUAAACAGCUUCUUUCGAGUGGUUUAAGAGAAGAGUGGGAGACUGCAGUGGACGAAUUAAACCGUGCAGGAACUUUUAAUGACGUUGGAAAAGACAGCAUACAAUAUGGGGAAAGCGACGGCCAUUUGCUGCAAAUACAGCAAGUUGUAGAGUGCUAUUUAAUGGAAAAUGUACAUGAUGUCGUCUUCCCAAUUGUUGUGGCAAGUUGCCGAGAACAGGAUGCAAAAUUACACCAGGUGCUGUAUCAAUUGAGAUAUUAUACACCUGAAGACUUUGGACUUAGAAAAGAAUAUCAGUGUUUCCUUGCAGAUGCGCGAGACACGCUUUUCACUAUUACACAGAAGAAAACACCGUUAGACAUGCUUCUGGUGUUCAAAAGGUGCAUAGAACAAAUCACCGAUGCGACAACACAGAAUAUCAAACUGCGUAGUUUAAGCUUUGACGCAUAUCAAUUGACGACUGAUGAUAUCUUGGAUCAAUUACUCGUUGUGCUGGUGCAAUUAUACAAAAAAUUUCAAAGGGGGUCGGUCCAAGCUGCGUCUGAGUUGACUACGCCAUUUUGUAUCACUGCUGUGAUUCAAUAUAUCUCAGAUUUUCACUUCAUCAAUUCCAGUACGACAGCACUCGGCUUUGCCAUGGCAAACUUCCAGGUAGCUGUCGAAUAUUUUCUGCUGAGAGCAGAUCAUCGUGACGACUGUCAAGAGUGUGCCAAUCUUGAUUUGAAGACUGAUUACGGCUGCUCGCUAGCGAUCAAAGAGUCAAAGUGCAUGCGCGCUUCUCGUGAAAUACGUCAUGAUCUAAGCAAUGCAAUGGAGAAUGUGGAGCGUGCACGGGCAGAAGCUAGUCAAAAGAGCUUGCAGCCAUCGAACAGUAUUGAUUUUAAGCAAAAUGACUUGAUGACGGCAAAGCGUGUAUCUAUCAUUGGAAAUUGGUCUGAUUCAACUGGAGGAAAUGGAGUAAAAGAGCGCAUUGACACUGAUGUUACAUCGCCUUGUGCUCUCUGUCUUCAUCCUGUUAAAUUUGGUUUAGGCGAAAGGCAAAUUGAACUCAAUGACACUCGUGUGACUCAGGUAGGUGGUGGUCAGCGCUUUUUUGCAAUGGUUACAGAAGAUGGCAGUUUGUUCACAUGGGGAGACAGCAGCGGCGGUCGUUUGGGAUACGCAAUUGCUGAUGGUGAUUCACGAAGAGUGACCAUUCCUCGACGUGUCAUCGCACUACAGCAGCAGUGCAUUGUUCAAGUUGCUUGCGGAGGUUUUCACGCGAUUGCAACUGAUAUUAACGGACACGUCUUUACUUGGGGCAGUAAUUUGCGAGGCCAGUUGGGUUACACAUCCUCAGAAACAUCUAUCAGAGCAGGCAAAAUGCCAUCCGCGCUAGAAAGUCUUCGAGGAUUGUAUGUGAGCUCUGUAGCUUGUGGCGAGUAUCAUUCACUUGCACUGACGGCUGACGGCUGCGUUUAUUCUUGGGGCUGCAAUAAAUACGGAAAACUUGGUCGUGUUGCAAAUUUAUUCGUAGAAAUGGCGCACCCAAGACAGAUUGAAGCAAAUUGGACGGAUCGGGCUCCCGACGUAAGUUCGACAAAAAGAUUCCAGGAUAGCUAUGUAGUUCGUAUCGCAGCAGGGAAGGAUCAUUCACUUGCUACAAGCAGUGACGGUGCACUCUUCACAUGGGGGCGUGGUGACUCAGGUCAGCUCGGUCAUGGAUGUUACAUGGACGUAAGCGAACCUAAACAGGUGAUGGCAAUUAGAAUUGCAAGUUGCGAACGGUGUGAUGUUGUUGCCAUAGCCGGAGGGAACGACUUCUCACUUUUCUUGUUGCAAAAUGGUACCGUGUACAUUUCUGGAAGGGAUCCGUCGGUGGAGACAGAAAAGUCUUAUCUCUCGCCUAGGCUGCUGGUACUCCCAUCAAAACUUGGGCUCGAGUUCUUUGGACUAAUUAACGCAAUAUCUUGCGGCGAAGUUCAUUACGCGCUUUUGUCGAAGAAUGGCUCGCUCUUGUUAUCAUUACCCAGAUACUUAUUACCAUCGUCAGAUGCUGGAUUAUUGACAGUUGAGAGGCAUGAAAGACACGUAGUUUGGUUAAAAGAGGCUGGAUCUAUCUGUCGAAUGGUGUGCGGGGCGUCACAUACGCUCGUAGUCAUCUGA